CGACGGGGGCGCGCGGGCCCUGGCGGGGGCGCUGCCCUCCCUGCCCGGCCUGCAGGAGCUGUACCUGGCCGACAGAAGCAUCGGCAGGGACGGAGAGGCGGCGCUGCGGGCGGCCUGGGGCAGCCGGGGCGGGCGGCUGAUGGUCUGAGCCAGGGGAGUGGCGGGAGUUUAAUCCAGGCGCCAACUGCUGCAAUUACUAUUACACCUCUCCCCGCGUUUUCCCUAUCUCCCCCUCGUCUCAUCUUCUUCUCUUCGUGCUCCUCCAUGAAGGGCUGCGCCCACUUAGAGCGCCAAAGUGCUAAGCAGCAGUGCGUUGCUUAGACAGGCCCAGGGGUAGGACUCGAUGCGAUAUGGAGCUCGUCCGCGCAACAUUUGUUUCACUUGUACUGGGCGCGGGUGCUCCAGGAUUGGCAAGUUCUUGCCACCCAUACUCAGCAAGGGUCCGGUUCGGCGGCGGGCCGGUUCGAGGGGGGUUCGGCGGCACACGCGAUUUGGCCUGGAGCGCCAGCUGCUCCCCAGCGUCGGCUGGCCUCUUCUCCUCUUCUGGCCCCCCACUGCUGCCUCCUGUUGCUUCGUAUGCUCCUUCCUCCUCUCUCCUGUACCCCUCCAAGUUCUAACAUCCCCCUUCCUCUGCACGGUGGCUGCAAAUGCUGCAGCACCACUCCUUCGCAGCAUGGUCAUUUAGUUUUCGCCUCUGAGUUUGAGAAGCUUGCUCUGUGCUCGGAUCUUUGUUGUGCCUGCAGUGACAAGUGAUUUCGCUUUGUGCAGCGUCCCAUUUUUCCGAGGCUUCCGGAGCACUAUGAAUUUAGUUGCUGCUCUAUCGAGCACCAGGCUGCCACCGCAGCCAUAGUUACCUAGCUUUGCAUUCGUGUCUUCUUGGGCCUGUGCUCCAUCGGGAGCGACUGCAGUGCCAGGCUCGCGCCUCGGGCAGUCGAGCCUACAUGGAGGCUUCUGGGUUCCUCCUGUUCCAUGUCUUCUCUCAGCCCCGUCCUUUCUUCUAAGUGCAACCUUAGCGGUGCACGGUGCACUGCGAGGCUGCUGCCAUGAGCUGCUACUCUGCCAGUGGCUCACAUACUCUAUGCGCGUUUUGCCUCUGGGUUGGCCAGUGUGUCUCCUCUGUCCGAGUGCUUUUUUGUAGGACUGCAGCUUUCCAGCCCGCGCCGUUACAGUGACAGUUAUGGGUCGGCGGAUCUGCGAAAGCCUUGGAAGUGCGCUCACGCGCCCGCGACCGCCGCUAAACAGGUAGACAAGAUGUUCGCGCUCGCGGGCCAGGCGCUAACUGUAAGAGAUGUCGCAUGCGAGGUAACCUCUUUUCUCUCCUCUCCACAUCCUCCCAGCAGCUUGGCAGCGUGCAGCUAAACAUCUGUUCAACUUUUGUGUUUAAGCCAGCUGGAGGCGCAAAGUCCGGCCUCACUGAGAGGAUCAGCUGGGAUAAAUAUUGAACAGUUGUUUGCAUGGCUAAUUAAACCUGUAUAUUCAGUCGGAUCCGCAAAGGACGGCCUCACUGAGAGGAUCGACUGUUUAAACGCAGAUUUUAAACAGAAUUCGUUUCGCUUUUAACCCUUGUCUGUACGCUGCGCACUGGCGAAAGCGGUCUGGGUACAUGCCCUAACGUCCUGCUCUUACUCUUUCUCCUCUCGUUCCUCUUCGUCUCACUCCUCGACUCCAGCGGCCUGGCGGUUCGAUGGCGUCGCCGCGCCGGUCGGUCGAGCUGCACGCAGCGGCUCCGAAGGGCCCCAGGGGGCACAGAAGCUGCCUCCGGCCGCCCUCUCCCUCCUCGUCGUCGUCGUCGUCGUCGUCGUCCUCGUUCUCCUUGUCGUCCUCCUCGUUCUCCUCCCCGUCCUCCUCCUCGUUCUCCUCGUCGUCCUCCUCGUUCUCCUCGUCGUCCUCCUCCUCGUCCUCCUCCUCUUCCUCCUCCUCCUC